AUGGCUGCGAAACACCUGGUCGAUAGUUUAAUCGAGGAGGCAGUUUGUCCCAUCUGCCUGGAAUUCUUCACAGAUCCGGUAAUACUGGAGUGUGGGCACAACUUCUGCCGCUCCUGUAUCACACGGUUCUGGGACAGGGAGGAGAGAAACUCCUGCCCGGAAUGUAGAGCGGAGUUUGAAGAGCCCACUCUCAGGGUUAGUUGGGCCUUGACGAGACUGGCUGAUAAAGCUCGAAAUCAGACACUACAUCGGGAAGAGGAACGUAAACCUCACUGCGAGGAACAUCAGGAAGAACUGAAGUUGUUUUGUGAAACUGACAAUAAAGUGAUCUGUGUGAUUUGUGCAGCUGGGCGGGAACACAAGUCUCACAGCUUCAUGUUGAUAGAAGAAGCUGUAGAAAUCUAUAAGAAUCAGGUGAAAUCUUCCUUCGAAUCUCUCACGAAAAAGGAAUCAGAGAUCGAGCAAUUGGAGCAGCAACAGAAACUAAAGAUAUCUGGAAUUCGGGUGAGGCUUUCCAGUUUCGAUUUCCUGAUCUUGUUUACAUUCAUUACCUGUGACGCGAAUAACAAUAGGCCAGGCCUCCAUAGCUCAGAGUGGAGAACCUGA